AUGUCGAUGAUGUUCCCAUCAUUUCAGCUACUAGAGUUGAACAUAAUCUCAGCGCAAGACCUAGCUCCUGUAUCCAGCAAGACAAAGACUUACGCGGUUGCAUGGGUUCACUCCGAGCGUAAACUCACCACGCGCGUCGACUACAACGGCGGAACAAACCCAACGUGGAACGACAAGUUCGUAUUCAGAGUCGACGACGAGUUUCUCUACGCCGACACUUCAGCCGUCGUCAUCGAAAUCUACGCUCUACAUUGGUUCCGAGACGUUCACGUAGGCACGGUCCGUGUCCUCGUCAGCAACCUCAUCCCUCCUAGCCGUCGUCCAGGGUACAGAACCGGCAACAACAACGACUACCACCAUCGCACUACGCCACCUCAGGGAAUGAGAUUCGUCGCGCUUCAGGUUCGUCGUGCCUCGGGUCGACCUCAGGGGAUAUUGAACAUCGGUGUUGGAGUGCUUGAUGGUUCCAUGAGAAGCAUGCCGCUUUACACGCAUAUGGAUUCCUCUGCUGUGGGGUAUAGAGAUUUGCUAGGCGAAGAGGAUCGUCAUCUACAGCAUUUGCAUUUGAAUAGUAACAAAGGAAGCUCUAAGAAUCCACAAUCUCCGUCUUCGAGGCAGUUUCAGUCUGUGGUCUCGAGACCAGAGCUCCGUCGUACGAAGAGCGAUACGAGCUCGAUGGUUGUUUCGGAUCUUUUAAGCAGAGUUGAACGUAGCCGGUUAGCUAGACAGCCGGCAAGCGCAUUAGUAAGCACUGAAUCCGAAACUGAACCAACCACGACCGAUACUGAUGCCACGGAGAUAAAAGAGAAUGGACCUAAAGUCAUGAAGCAAAUAUACGAACCAGACUUCAUAGAUCCACAGCCAAGGGUGGUUGUCACGAAUCAGACCUCAUACCAUCAGUCGUCACGUAAAACACCUAGAAAAGUGACAAUGAACGAGAAACAUAGACCGGUUAAGGCUCGAGCGUCACCGUAUUUAUCAAGACAUGGAACGCCGUUGAGAUCUAACAUCGUUGCAUCUUCUCCUAUGCAUCCUAACGGUAACGGAGUUAGGUCAACACCGAUGAGAUCAAAUAUCGUCGCCAUGUCUCCCAUGCAUCCCAACAUGACUCCCAUGACACCCAUGCAGACUCCUAUGCGUUCCAACAUGACUCCCAUGCAGACUCCUAUGCGUUCCAACGUGCUUAGAUCGACUACUCCAAUGAGACCAAACUACAUGUCCACACCGAUGAGGGCAUCGAACUUAGCUGGGAGGAGAAUCUUGACCGAGUCUGAGUUAGGUCCAUCGCCAUCAGAAGUCGCCGAGAAGAUC